AUGAGGUAUUCGGUUGUUGACACAGACUUCGGUGAUGAUGAGACAAAGAACUUUGGAAAGCGAGAUGAGUUCGCCAGCCUAGCGAGCCUUUACGAAAUAAAAACUCUCGCUACAGUAUCAGGCGACUUUGAUAAUACGGAAAAUGAAGAACCUGGACUCGAAGUAACUCCCCCUAACGUAAUCUCGGAAAGCAAUGAACAGUGGCUGGCAAUUGCCAUUGGGGACGAUGUCUCGGUGUUUUCUAGCAAUUUUGACCUGGUGCAUCUGUUCAUUUUGCCUUUUAAAUCCGGCACUAAUAUCCGUGGCAUUGGUUGGUUAGCUGACAGUAGCAUUUUGGCGGUGGUGUCAGCUUCGAUGGAGAUCACUUUUGUGUCCGCUGAGCUCAAAGCGCCUGUCAUGACAAUGAGUUUGCCAUCGUCUACCCCUUGCAAGGAAACUGUCCUUAUUACCUCAGAUGUUGAAGGCGGCACUUGCUACCUCAGCUUGACUCAUGAAAGUGGGCAGACAUUCGUGAUGCGAAUCAGUAACUGGACUCAGUUAGCUCAUGCCAACAAAGAGACUUUGGAAAAAUGGUGUGAAGAGUCACUAAGCAACGCCGAGACUACGGUCCUAAAGAGCAAGUACAUGCCAAAGAACAUCGUUAGCGUAGCAAGUUCUGUGAUUCUGGUCUCUCAAGAGAAGGUUCCCCUCCAAUUAUCGAUGGCAAAGAAGUCCCUUGAAUUCGAAUCUUUGGGAGACGCCGAGACAGCUGAUUCUUAUGUAAGAGUACGUAGCUGCAGCAACGGACGCUUUCUUGUGGGGCUGACCGUUGAUGGGACUAUCGUUCUGACCGAUUUGUGGACAUUCACUACCCUCUGUAGAAAAAGCAUCAGGACAAACUCGAAUGAACGUUUCUUCGAUUUUAUGUUCGUUGAUAAGCCUGGAAUGAAUCCAAAAAUUGGUACAAUCGCUACAGUUGUGCAAUGCGGCGAUCAUGUAGAGAUGCAAGUUCGUUCCAUGAAGUCUCUUGAAGUCGCAUAUCGUGUUGCCGUAACCGAAGGGACUUCACUUUUGCCAGUAUCGAAGACUGCCGAUCGUGUGAUUUUGCUUGUAGAGCCUUUUGGGACUAAAGUUCUAACCGAAGGAGACACAGUAAAAGUGCGAGAAAUUGUCGAAUCUCAACCGGAAAUGAAGUUCCAAAGAUUGUUAAGUCGAAAUCAGCUGGACCAAGCGGAAGAGUUUGCCAAGCAGUUCAAUCUGGACGUACAGAGGGUCCACGUGGCAAAGAUGAACUUCUUAUUCUCACAAGCUAUCAUCAAUGGCUCGGACGAGAACUUUGAAAAGCUGAUGAAGUCUUUCGAAGCCGUCAAAGACCACAAUAUGGUUGGCGAGAUCUGCUUCUCUGGUGCUACAACCUUCGACAAAUAUGACAGAAUUAUCAGUCUUCUAGCUUGCGCAAAGAAGAGAGCAGUCACUGAUGCUGAAACUAUCGAUCGUUUGGCCAGGGCUUCCUACAUCUUAUCCACUUACCGUCUCACACUGGGACCUGAAAAUGCUCGUUUUGAUGGAGAUUCCGCUUGGCAGAGCUUUAUAGCUGGGGUAGAAGGAGAAGGAGAGUGGUGCGAGCUGUUUUUCGAAAUGCUCAGAAAUGGGCUGGUGAAGGAAGCUAGAAUCUUGUGGAAUCGACACUUCAAUCACAUUGCUACAUGUUUCAAUGGUGUAGAUAAUGAAGAGCUAGCCGAAGGAAACUUGGAAAAUUUCUUCGAAAUCUUGCGAGCUGUUGUACUUAAGAAGUUGAAUAUAUGGCGAGACGUCAUAGCCUUCCUAGAGUUCGAUUUUGUUCCUGUGUGUUUGUCGAAGAUGUCUAAAGAGAUAUGCAUAUUGCUUGUUGAUUUUCUGCUUACUCUUGCCCAUGAUCUGGAGACAUUGGACGCAGAAAAAUUCCCGCUAAAUGCUCUUCACGCAACAUCGACAUUUGAGCGAAUUUUGUUGAAGCAAGAUGAAGAGACCAUUACCGGUACUCGUCAGGCUGAACUAGCCUAUGUUGGUUGCCAGCUUCGUUCUGAUGCUCGCGAUAAUGUUUCCAGAUUAGCUGAGCUUGAUAUAUAUUCAGCGAAUCUCAAGGAGAUUCAUAGAUUGAAGACGGUGUAUGAUUGCUCUCUCAGUUACAACACGUUUGUGGGACUUACUUGCGAACAAAUUUGCCACCAAAUUCUUCAACAGUCUGUUCAAAAUCCAAAUUUCAUGAAGAAGAAUGUUGAAAGAUAUGCAAGGCAGUAUAUGGCUGAGCAUAACCUCGAGCCUGACGAAACGCUCUUCCGCUAUGUUGAGGCAGAGUCUUCUCGCUCUAAAAACCUUGUCGGGCGGUCCAGCGCUUGGCACGACCAAUGUCUGUUGGUCAGUGAAACCAUCGAAAGUCUCUCAAUAAGGUGCAAAGCUGUUUGCAUGAUAGCAAAGGGAGCUCACUUGCCAUGGAGUAGACGAUUAUCUGAGACCGUUCAAACAGUGUUGAAGAAUCCUGCCGUUGACAACGACAUCAAGAAAUCUUUGGAGUUCAUCUGUCGCAACGCGGAGAUGGGUCAAAUGCUAAUGUCAUACUCAACCCCCUUAGGAAUGCUAGAUGCAGUCCUAGCGUCUGAAUACAAUUUUAUGAAAUUUGUGCGAUUUAUGUUCACUCAUGAUAGAUACGAAAUUUCUCAAAGAUUCGCGGAUGCGGUCAAGGUAGUGAACACCUAUUGUCAGCUACACGAGAAGCAUUCUCCGCAAAUUUUGCUUCCUCGUGUGUACGUACUUUACGCUGAACACCUUCAAAAGACCGAAACGAAUUCCACUGUUCUACAAUUUCUGGAAGAUGUCCGGGCAGAGAAAGGUGAACAAUUUCUUGUCAAUGUGGCUUCGCAGUUGAUUGACCAUUGGAAACGUCAGAUUGACAGUUCUGUUGAAGUGUGGACGGAGGCAUCGCUAACUAGACGAAGUGGGCUUCUAACGGCUACAAAGAGCGUGAUACUGAGAUUCAUGGGUAAAGACGAACAUAACAUGGAGAUAUAUGAAACUCUGUGCUCUAUUCAGAAACUACAGGAGAAGUAUAACAUGUAUGUCAUUACUCCUCAGCUCGAAAAUAAAGAAUGGAGGAAUGCUUCACUGAAAGAUUAUAUCGUCCGUGAGGAGCGAACGUUGCUUGAGGUCAUCGCAUUUUCGAGGCUGCUUCGCAUGACACGUGAUGAGGCUAGCAGAUUGUCUAUCAAACUUGCCAUUGACUCUGGUAAUCCACUGGGGACGCUGACAAUCAUCAGGGAUGCUCUUCGAAGUGUCCCGAAUGCUUCACCUGAACUCGCUGAAGCUUGUGUUCAUGGCUGUGAGUUUGUCCUGUGGCGCUUGCAGGAAGCUCUUGCGGGUGGUUCAGAACCGGUACAAGAAGCAGAGAUUGUGGAUCAGGCUGUUGACUCGGUGGUAAUUCUUUCGCGAGUUCUUCGCAUACUUGAACCGGUCACUGUUCAUUCUUUGGCUCUCCAGGAGUCUGUCACGAGAAUGUAUGGUUAUGUUGGCAUCUUUAUGCAAUUGGUCAAUCAGUGCAUGCUAGAUGAUACUACCAGCGACACUACUAGCACUAAAGAAUCCUCCAAAAGCGAUGAAGUCACCAACGCUGAAAAUCGCAUCUACGGGGUGCGUCGUCGCGUAGGUGUCUACCAAAUGCGAAAUGAAGGUCCGUUGUUUUCACGUCUGGAGGCGAUGACUGGCAUUGCAGCUGUUGCCCAGAGCGUUGUGCGCACGGAAAAACUUGAUGGAGAAACUAGGACAAGACUGUAUGCAGAACAGGCAACAAAAUGGAACGAUUUGUUUAACUUUUUGUCGCUUUCUAACCAGGAUCUGCUCGAAUUUCAAGCUAGAAUUUAUGCUUCAACUUUGCCUUGCUUCACGGAUGGACACAUCGACGAACUCGGUCGUGACUGUGGGUUGAGAACUUCAGUAAGAAAUGUCUGUCUUCGAGCUCUACAACUUCAUCCCUGUGAUCUUUGGACACCUUGCACACUUCUUUCAUCCCUCUCCUCACAAACUAUUGAGGAGGUGGUGCUGGAGUUACGACAAGUGCUGACCAACAGGAAGUCUCCGCAGACCAUGAUUAAUUUCUUGCGUACAGUCCAGUAUGCAUCGAUUCUCACCGGAAACAAUGCACAUGCAAAGAUGCUAACGGAUACUUUCAUCAAAACGCUUUGGGCAAAGAGGUUAGGCAAGGCUGGUCUUUCCCCUGCUUUACCAAGAAAAUCUAUCGAUAUUGCUAUUGGCGAUUUUGCUAAACACAAGCUGGAUCCAAAUGUUGUAGUCGAAUAUGUGGAUGUUUUCUGUGGUGAACAUCAGCUGCAAGAUCAGCUUCUCAAUUAUGCUAUCGAACUAGUGCAGUUAGCGUCAGCAAGCCGAGAGCAGCACGAAAUCAAUGCCUUUUUGGAAGUUGCACAUCAAGCAAUGAAGGUGAACGAAAUUUCAAUUCCUCCAGAGAAGUCAUUCGAAGCUUUCCGAAACAUUCUUUACACAGUUUGCCCGUACAAUUACAAGGUUCUAUCCUUUAUCAUCAACCACUUAGCAUCGGUUGCAAAGGAAGAUGAAAACCUUGUAUUUGUCAAUGGAUGUAAUUCGAUACUCGAUUUCAUUAUGGAAACAAAACGGCAAAAUCCUAUCAGCAAAACGGAGCUUGUAUGGUAUACAAAUCGCGAGAAGCAGAUGGUCAAUGACAGAAAGGACUCAACGAUAGAGAACUUUGGUGCAUACUGUAGAUGCUACUUUGAACAAGGAACUCGUCCUGAAUCAGCCAACAACACUGCUUCGUCAUUUACUGAGGAAAACCAGGAAAGAAAUUUGUACGAGCGUGACACACUUGUCAUGGCUAUGCCAGCUGAGGCUGAAAGACGCCUGCCAUUCCAUCCGUUCCUCUACCUGGCUGCUGCUGAUGUUGAAAAGUUCCUAGUCCCAGUGAUAGAAAAGGAGCUGGAUAUCUACAAUGUUCUUAACUGGCAAGCUGUUUUGCGAACCGUAGCUUGGUUGAGAACAUCGCCAAACUUUUCGCGAUCACAUUUACUUUCGGUUGCGGUGGGAAGAAUCAGCGCCGAAGUAAUUGCAAAGGGUCAAGAGCUUUCUCCCACGGAACAAAGCACUAUACAGCAACUUCUUAUGCAGUCACCAUCUCGUAAUGCAGUAGUUUCCUGCGUAGCAAUGUGCUUCAAAAAAUUGCCAUUAUGUGAGACAAAAAUACGACUGUUGGAAAUGGGCAGGGAUGUUGCGCAAAGCUGGCUUACCAUGCCUGACAUUGAACCGGCUAUGGACGCAGCUGAACGUGUUGCCAUUGAGGAGCAAGUUUCACGGCUGAGCAUGGCUAUAGAAAAGUACGAUACGGAGCUGAUCUUGAAGAAGUCUGGUCUUUACAACGAAAAGACAUGUGAUCUUAUCGAAACUCCUCCUGACUUGAUUGGUUACAUCUACACCAAUUGCAUAGAUUGGAAGUCUGCAAAAGAUCGCGAAAAGAAAAUGGUCGUUGCCGAACAACUUGCAAAGGCAAAUCAUCUCAGAAACCUUCAGCAGAUACAAGAAGAAUUGGCAAUGAGUUGGUUAAUAGCGGACAAGGUUGAUGACGCUUAUGCGGUGGAUCCGAAUGAUACUAUGGGAAAUAUGGCUGCGGAUGUCGCCAUCAGUGGCUCAGACGAGAAUGAAUUGUUUUUGUUGCCAUUUUUCGAUGUCACAGUUGACAGAAUUGUAUAUAUUCUGAAACUCAUCAAUAUGGACAAGAUAAUGGGAGAUUUGAUCACUUACCUGCGUAGGGAUGCCUCUACAGUAGCCGGAGGCUUCAGAACCAUAGUUCGUGCUGCAUGCGUCUUGUUACGCGCAUAUACAGAUGCGCAGCUAAAGAAGGCUAACUAUGAUCAUCUGAAGAUCUGUGUGGACCUGGAUGCUGUGCUCUAUGGCAGAUUGCUCGAUCUGGCACAUGUGGAUAUUCCUUUGGACACCUUCCGCAGACAGGACAAAUCAAAUGUUGUGCGUAGUCUUGUAGCCCCUGGUACGCGGUGGACCCCUCAACUUGCUUUCCUUGUGGCAUCUCUCAUUGUGGAUAAUGAGAUCGCUGACAGAUCAGUUGUGGAGGCCGUGUUGAACAGAUUACAAGCAGCGCAGAAACGGGAGAUGUUCGUGACGUUGCUGAUGUUCUGUCGACAAGAGAAAAAGCUCCAUCGAACGAAAAAUCUUAACAUGUUAUGGGCACGAGCCGUUGAUUGGUCUCUCGGUAGUAUUGAAAAUGUCACUGGAGAGCUGCGCGACGAGUUCGAAAAAUGGUUCUACUUUGCGAUCUCAUGCCCUGUUGAAGGAGGACGCGCAUUUGAUUCAAUCAAAAAUGCCCUGAAGGCUAGGAAUUAUACCUUGGCUGCGCAUAUGAUCGGGAUUGUUGGGUCGUUCACUCAGAAGUGCACUGAUAUCGACUAUGCUGCGAUUGAUCCAGAGCAUGAGUUGGUGUUUGACUGGACUACAGCUUUCAUGAAGCAUACGCCUAUGGAAGCUUAGAAUUUAAUUGGUUUGGUGUUUUCUACUUAUUUCAAAUAGCAAUAAUACAUCACUUUCCAUCACUCUCAUUUUAUUCUUUUUUUUUCAUUUUUCUGUUUGAUCCUCAUAACAAUGACUGAGCUGUCUGCCCAAUUUCAAGCAUAUCCUGUCUAUUUGUGUCUCCUCUUUUUGUAUAGUAUUAUUCUCUCAUACCGGUAGAUAUUUGAUGCCCGAUGCUCUUUAAAUAUGGAAUUUUAAGAACAGUGAUCUAUACCUGAGAUGUUACGAGUACUCCAAGUUUAAUAAAAUUCAGUACCGUUCGGAUCACACACCAGUG